AUGGGCAAGCGCAAGCAAGAUCUCGGCGACGUGCCUAUGGGUGGCACUGGCGCUAACGACUCGGACUCAGACGAUGAUGUUGACAUGGUCAACGUAGAAUUUGAAUGGUUUGAUCCGCAACCUGCUGUCGAUUUCCAUGGUCUUAAGAAUCUGUUGCGUCAAUUGUUCGACAAUGAUGCCCAGUUGUUCGACCUGUCCGCGCUGGCAGACUUGAUUUUGUCACAACCGACGCUGGGCUCGACGGUGAAGGUGGAUGGAAACGAGUCAGAUCCGUACGCAUUCUUGUCCGUGGUGAACUUGCAGGAGCACAAGGACAAGCCAGUCAUCCAAUCCCUGAUCAACUACUUCAAAGAGAAAUCUGCCACAAGCCCUGCUCUCGCCCCUCUUCAAAAUCUCCUUUCACAAACCCCUGUCCCGCCAAUCGGCCUCAUCCUGACCGAGCGCAUGAUCAACAUGCCGACCGAGGUGAUUCCGCCCAUGUACAACAUGCUGAUGGAAGAGAUUGCGUGGGCCAUCGAGGACAAGGAACCAUACAACUUCUCUCACUACCUGAUCAUCUCAAAGAACUACGUGGAAAUCGAGUCGAAGCUUGAUUUGGAAGAGUCCCGACCUCAAAAGAAGAAGAAGAAGGCCGGUGAAUCUGCACAGCGCUUCUUCUUCCAUCCUGAAGAUGAAAUCCUGGAGCGCAACGCUAUCUGCGCUGGCGGUGUCGAAUAUACGCACAAGAAAGACGAGGGCCACUCGGAUUCCAAGCGUGCGUUCCAGGAUUUGGGAAUUCAGACAAAUGGUAGCUUGAUCUUGAUCGAUGGUGCCAAGUUCGAGACUACGGUGAAGGCUCUCAUCGAGUACGUGAAGCCACCCGGCAUGUAA